CAACAACAUCAGUAUUAAACCUAGGCGAUGAUAACAUCGGUAGCUUCGUUUUUCGAUUAGGAUACAGUGAUCCAUCUUUACAAACAGGACUAUCUGAAGCGUGCACAUUUUAUCCCUCAACUCCAUGACCACUAUUUCUGUGCGAGACACCCAUAUAACUCCUCAGUAAGUAAGACUUAAAACUCGCAAUCUCAAAGCGUGUUGGAUUUUUUUUUUACCGUUACAUUUUGUGGUCGCCAGUCCAACGAACUCUGCAUACCAAAGUGUACUGGAGAAGCGAGCGGUCUGACAGGGACCGUGCCCAGAAUGAUGCGUCCUGCUCUGCCUCAGAACUAUCCACGCGGCGGAUUUCCCCUGGAAGUCUCCACUCCUCUCGGUCAGGGCCGCGUGAACCAGCUCGGAGGAGUUUUCAUCAAUGGUCGCCCGUUGCCCAACCACAUUCGACACAAGAUAGUGGAAAUGGCCCAUCACGGCAUCCGUCCCUGCGUCAUCUCACGCCAGCUACGGGUGUCUCACGGCUGCGUCUCCAAAAUUUUGUGCCGGUACCAAGAGACCGGAUCCAUUAGGCCCGGAGCCGUUGGCGGGAGUAAACCGAAGACUGCAUCUCCUGACGUGGAAAAGCGCGUUGACGAACUGAAGCGGAACAAUCCUGGAAUGUUCAGCUGGGAAAUACGGGAUGCAUUGAUUAGAGAGGGUAUCUGUGAACGCAACAGCGCGCCUUCGGUGAGCACCAUCAGUCGACUGAUGCAAGGGAAACCCGACGUUAGGGGAGAUGACGAAGAUGGAGACGAAGAUGAAACGGAGAAGCGGGAACAGGAGGAGCACGCGCGCAGGGCCAGACACAGCAUUGCGGGAAUCCUGGGUGAUCGAUGCAGCAUGUCUGACGAGGGCUCGGAUGUAGAGUCGGAGCCAGACUUACCACUGAAGCGUAAACAGCGUCGUAGUCGGACCACUUUCACCAGCCAGCAGCUGGAAGAGUUGGAGAGGGUGUUCGAGAGGACUCACUACCCUGACAUCUACACUCGUGAGGAGCUAGCCCAGAGAGCCAAGCUCACUGAGGCAAGGGUGCAGGUCUGGUUUAGCAACAGACGAGCCCGAUGGAGGAAACAGGCAGGAGCCAAUCAGCUCAUGAUGUUUAAUCACCUGAUCCCUGGAGGAUUCACACCCUCAGCCAUGUCCAGCCUGUCACCCUAUCAGCUUUCAGAAAGCCAGUACGCGCCCACGAGCCUUCCUCAGGAUUCCAGCACAGUCUACAGGCCCCAGCCCCUCCCACAAUCAUUGCCCCCAUCUUCAGCCCACCACACAAUUGGAGGGGUAGAUCAAGAGGGUGGAGCCCCAUACUGUCUGUCAAGUCGUCAUGGUUACACUCCGUAUUCAGAAGGCUUUGCCACUCACAAUGGCCACCACACUUCAACUAUCAAUAACAGACUAUCCUCACAGGUCAUGGGGUUGUUGGCUCCUGGAGGCGUUCCCCACCAGGCCCAGGGUGAGUACACCCUCUCCCCGCUCUCCGGAGCCCUGGAUACGGGUCCUGCCACGGGCUGCUCUCCGCGUGUGGAACACGUGCCCAGUGUUGGCCCUCUGGGGCCUGGCUCACAGCCCUACUGCCCCUCUGCCUCCUACACCCCAGCCCCCUACCGGCCAGAGCACAGCGCCACCUACCAGUACAAUCCCUAUGCGCAGAGGUCCCUGCACUGUCUGAAGCCUGAGAUCGCUUGAGCUGAUUGGCUGUACUACAAGAACUCUGUGGCAGUGAACCGGAGCAUGGCUAUGUGUGCCCCGCAUUCAGGAUGCUCAAGGGAACAAGUGGAAGUCGGAACGUCAUGAUGUAAUCUUUACUGAAGAACACUGCCCAAGUUGGGGCGUGGUGUCAUACUGCCAUGGUGUGAGCAAAAUCAUCACACACACACACACACACACACACACACACACGCAGACGCACGCAAAUAAAGAACUUGGAUAUACAUAUAGACAUACAGCUUUGACUCGGUGAGGAUUGUGAGAAAACAGAAACACAGAACCUUCUUCUAGAACCUUCUCUUGAAGAAUUCCUCCAAGUCAUGGUUGCUUGCCAGACCUCUUCAAAAGACGAUUUGUAUGAAAGACUCUGAUGGUGCAGAGAUUUAAUUAGUCAAAGAUGAAUCAGAGUGCAAUAUAUAAAAAUGUAAGUCUGUAUGUGAGCACUAUGUAAAAUGGAAUCAGAACUGUCGCUGUGGACAGACUCCCUGACUGCCCAUGGUUGGGGGCCACUGUGCUGGGUCAGAUGGAGACACCACUGAUAGCAGUCGCCCCAUCCCCGUCUCUGGGUUGAAAUGAAAGCAGACGUUUGUAUGAUGUAAAACAAAGCGAGUGCUGGAUUUGAUCCCCCCUC